AGAAUUCUAGACAUCACAGACCAGUUUUUCAAAGCAAGCGAACGACUCAGACCUGGAGAGCUCAUCAAGGAUGAGGAUUUCACACUGUUCGAAUCGGUCGGCGCGCUUGAGAUUAUGGACGAUAAGAUGGACAGUGGCCAUGUGCCACCCGGCGAUACAUUUGAGGCAGAUUUUGAUCCAUCCCAAGACCUCCCACCGGAACAAGUCAUCUGGAUCAUGGAUGAGCUUUUGAGACUAGAGAUGCUUUUCCAAGCAGGAUACCCCCUUUCCCAGAACGUGUUCACGUCUCUGCACAUUUUCCGCUUGAUAGAUCCGGAGAACAGGUGCGUCACGACAAAUGUAAAACCAUAUCCUUUCGACUUCGUCCCCAAUGGUGGGCAUAAACAACCUCUGGUACAUAAAGUACUUCACGCAUACUGCAUCGCUGUUCUAAAGACUUGCGACCUUGCCUUGAGAUGUAUUCAGAGCCAGAUCUACUUUGAGGAAGAGGACUUUGUCACCUCUCUUUUUGGACGCGACCUUUGCAUACAGUUGGGACCACAAGAAGCCUUGACUUUACUCAUGGAUGCGAUAACAUGGCUCGAAGAAUCUGCUCUAAACCGCAGCUUGGUCGAGCAAAUAAAUCUUCGCUUGUCAAUACGGAAAGAGAUGUUGUUCUGCUUCGACGAACCUCUACCUCUUGCUCAGGACUACUGGGCACGGCUCAGGGCCGAACUUGUGGACCUCAUGCUGCUACCUCAGUCAAGCGAAGAAUGUUACGAGGCAUUCUCAGACAAGGUCCAGCGACAAUUGGCCACGAGUACUCCUCCUCGGCCGAUGCCAAAACUAGCUCUGAAAGAUGCUCUUACGCAGUGGCGUCAAAUGUGUGACGAUGUCAUUGCAGCGCAGCAACUUAGCUGUAGCGACUUUGUGAGACAUCCCAUCAGUCUCCUGAGAUCGACUUGGAGCUUCGGCUAUCGGCUGCCUGAACCUGUCACACUGGCGCGAGCCAAGAUGCAGGAGAGCUUGAUCUGGGAAGAAGGGGGUGACCAUGACGGUGGUGCCACGGAGCUUCUGCUUGCAGACAUACGCGAGAAAGUGCUCCCUGGGGACUGGAUUGCUGAGAGAGACUCAUUUACUAUAGAGAUGCCAACGGAUAAGCGGCACAAAACAUCAAGGAUUUUUUUGGACUUCAUGUCGCAGGCCUUGGGUGACUACAUUAACCUUUAUCGAAUGGUCUGUCAGAACCGAUCACGGAUGAGACGGAUGCUCACUCAGGCUACGAUCCUGUGGGACGAAUUGGAAGGGAAAGCCAGAGAAUUCGACGAAGAGCUCAAUUUCAUAGCAGCACGCUCCUUCCGAUGUGGUAAUGCAACCUUUGGGCCGCUCACCCUAUGGACCAAGCUUCAGAAGCUCCAAAUCUGCGAGUGGACCGUUCAGACAGGAUUCGAAACCGAUCUCUUUCAACCUGAUGAGCUCGGAAUCAUGUACGAACUGCUAGGGUGGUUUGCGGAGAGGCGGAGAAUGCACCUCGAGGCAAUACAGUAUCAGCUCCAUGCUUUGUCUUUGCUAUACAAGUACUUGCAAUGUUGCGGGCUGAUCGAUCGACGCCAUCAUAAGAAUUACUUCAAGGUCGAGGAGCAAUACGAGGCGAGAAUGAAGCCGUUCCUGGGCAUGCAGACCGAUGUGAUACCG